AUGGCUGCUGUAUACGAUGAUAAUUCUAAUAUAUAUGACAAUAAUCUGGAAACAUGUGCUCUUUUUUGGCUCGAUGCCGCAGUCAAUACUAGUGAAGAAAAUCGAGAAGCACAACAACAAAUUCGUUCUACCAUUAAUCAUGUAACAACGUUUGAAGAUGCAAAUCUAUGCCAACAAUACAUUCAAUCUAUUCCUGUACAUGAUCGACUUGUUCUUAUUGUUAGCGGAAGAUUAGGUCAAGAAGUAGUACCUCAUAUUCAUCAUAUGCGACAGCUAUUAUCUAUUUAUGUUUAUUGUAUGGAUAAGCAAAGGAAUGAAAAAUGGGCAAACAACUUCGCAAAAGUAAAAGCUGUGACUAUUCAGCUUGACGAUCUUAUAUGUCGAAUUAAAGCAGAUCAGAAAAACCGAGGGAAGGAGGAAGAUCCGAUAGUUAUUAAUAUUUCUACGGUCAAUCAGAAUCCAGAUCAAUCAACAACCGGACUGAAUGGUAGUUUUGUACAUUCUUUGUUACUCAUUGAUGUUCUUCUUCGAAUGAAACCUGUUAAAAAAGACAAACAAGAACUCAUUGAACUCUGUAAAAAUGUAUACAAAGGUAACAAAACUCAACUAGAUAUUCUUCAUGAAUUCCAAGCAGACUAUUCGUCGAAAAAUGCUUUAUGGUGGUAUACUCGUGAGUCGUUCUUGUAUAAAAUGCUCAACAAAGCUUUACGAGUACAAAAUAUCGAUGUAUUAUUUCUUUUUCGUUUCUUCAUACGCGAUAUUCAUCGAGAAUUAGAACGACAUCAAUGUCAAUCACCAAUAUGCGUAUAUCGAGGUCAAAUUCUGUCAAACGAUGAACUGAAAAAUCUGCGAAAAUCAAUCGGUGAAUUGAUUUCUAUUAAUUCAUUUUUCUCAACUACUACCAGUCGUCAACAGGCGAUAGGAUUCUUAGCAAGUUCUGAUAAAUCGGAUGAUUUACAUCGAGUAUUAUUUGAAAUCGAUGCUGACCCUCGUAUGGGAGUAACUAGACCGUUUGCUAACAUAAGUUCAUACAGUGACUCUGGCUAUGAAUCAGAAGUUCUUUUUAUGAUUGGUUCCAUUUUCCGUCUCAGAGAUAUUCGUCGAAAUAAUGACCAAUUUUGGAUAAUUCGACUGACGUUGUGUGGUGAUGAUGAGCAUGAUUUGAAAAGUCUGUUUGAAUGUAUGAAGAAAGAAUAUGGAGGUGAUGAUGAUGAAACUACUCUCCUUAACUUUGGUCGAGUACUUCGUCGAAUGGGUAAAUCUGAUUCAGCCGAGAAGUUUUAUCGUCGAUUGCUCAAUGAACUCCCUCCCGAUGAUCUUUCACUUCCGGGUUUGUAUUAUUCACUCGGUUUAGUGCUUCAAGACAAAAAAGAAUUAGAUUCAAGUCUUGAAUAUUUACAAAAAUCAUUAGAGCUGUUAAUACAAUCAGCUCCAGAAGAUUAUCGAAAAAUCUUUUCUCCUGUAAAAGUUCAUGUUUGGGUUGAAAUAGAUGAACCUGUUAGUCAAUCUGGUAUAGAUACUUUUAUUGGUUCAUUUCAACAUAAUGCAAUAAUUCAUGUACCUGCCAAUGUAAAGGGUAUUGAUACGCUUGUCAUUACCAAACAUAGUUCAACAUGGGCUUUAGUCAACAUACAUUUAGUUAUUCCUUAUGGUGGUCAUGUAUGUGCAUUUGGUAAUGAUGGUGUUAAAUUUGAUUACGAUCAAUCAAAUAAUCGACUAGUUUAUGAACCUUGUAAAUUAUAUAUUAGCGAAUUACAAGGUAAAUUAAUUUUACAUGAUCCGACUAAUUAUUGUCCAGUUUGUAAUAAUAUUGGUGUGUUUGAUGGACUUGUAUUUGAACCUGGUUCACCGUCUGGUUCAAUUGAUGAUUUUAUUGGUACUUUUCAUCAUUCUUCGAUAAAUGGUGGUCAAGAUACUGCGGUUAUUGUUAAACAAACGCCAACAACAGCAUUACUUUCUCUUAGUGGUAUUCUUCCUGGUGGUAGAAAUUGUUCAUUAAAUACUAUUAAAGUUGAAUAUGUCCCUAACACUAUUCCUUCACGACUCUCUGCUAAUGGUUAUGUUGAUUGUGCGUUAUACUUUACACCAGAACAAGAUGGUAAACUACUUUUACAUGAUCCAACUUUUAAUUGUGCUCGUAAUAAUUGUGGAGUAUUUGAACUAUGGGAAGGCUCAGUUUUUAAAAGAGAUUAA